UUGAGUCCAUACUUAAUGAAAUAGUUUUAAAAAUAUGAGGAAGGCGUAAGGAAUUCAAUAAAUUAAUUCGCAAGGUUCUCUUGAUCUAUAUAAAGAGAUCUACUCCCUGAUUUUCACAUAAUUUCUUGUGAUCUAGUUUGAUAACACUUCAGCACCAUGAACUCUCUGGUAGUUUUCGUCUUGGCCCUCGCCUGCGCUCAAGCCUCAGUCAUCGGCCUAGCCCCAGCGGCGAUCAGCCUUGUUGGUCCCGGAGAACCAGGCGCAGUUAUUCAAGGACCUUCAGCGGAAGCCACAGUCGUUGGUCCAGAUGGCAGUGCUAUUGCCGGAGCUGCAAUCGGAGGCGCCGUAAUCGCCCCACCCAAAGCUGGCGGUGUCGUGACAGCAGCUGUUUCUCCUGGUGUUGUUGCCCCCAUUGCCCCAGUUGUUGUACCAAGGAUUGUUAGCCCAGUUGUCGUAGCUCCUCCUCCAGCUAUUAUUGCUGCUCCUCCAGCUAUUAUUGCCGGUCCACCUGCCAUCGUAGCUGGCCCAUCAGCAGUUUUAGCUGGAGUACCUGUAGCUGGUCCCAGAGCUGUUAUUGCCGGUCCCUCAGGCACAGUCGUCGCUGGUGGUAUUGGACCAAUUGGACCAAUUGGACCAAUUGGACCAAUUGGACCACUUGGACCAAUUGGACCAAUUGGAGGUGUUGGCGUACUAAAGAUUGCUCCUCACGGAUUAUGGUAAAUACGAAAAAUUUCCUGAGUUCUAGUGACGAAAUGAUUUGAACAGGCCCAAUGAUAUUUUUUUAAUCUUAAGAUGUUUGUAUUUAUUUCAAUAAACCUUGCAAGACUGAAAAA